AUGACCACGAACACGCUGACCUACGACGAGCGCGUGCUGCGGCGCCAGCUCGAGAACGCGGACUGGCUCGGGUCCCGCGGCCUCGACGGCCUCGACAAGCUGCGCGCCCUCGUAAAGCUCACGGAGGCCAACGACGGCGGCAUGGGCCACCCGCUGGUCGCGCUGCCGCGCGGGUGGUACCGCGCCAUCCCGCUGCACGGCGCCGUCAUGAACAACCACGUCGCGACGACGCUGCCGUUCCUCGUCGAGGACCUCGGCGUCGGUCUCGAGUCGCCGGAGAAGAAGGCGGGCAACCGUCCCGCGCACACGGCGGUCAUCUGGGGCCACAACGACGUCGUCGCCUACCUCCUUGCGCGCGGCGCGCGCCACGACGCGGAGAACUCGGAGGGCAUGACGCUCGCGCCCAUGGCGCGGCGGCGGCAGGCGCUGCUCGUCGGCGGCACGCAGGCGGAGCGGGCCUACUACGCGCGCAACGGCGUGCCGCUCGACUACCUCGUCGACGAGGGCGCGCGCCUCGUGCGCAUGCUCGACGGCGUCGAGAACGCCGGCUCCUGGGACGCGUGGGCGUCGGGCGGCGUCGCGCGGCCGCUCGUCGCCCGGGCGGCGCCCUGGCUCCUCGCGGCGCAGCGGCGGCUCGACCUGUUUUUGGUGCGCGCGUGCGCCGUCGCCAUGGGCGUCAAGAGCUUCGAGGCCAAGGAGCAGAAGAAGAAGAAGGGCCCGUCGAAGGCGACGCUGAAGAAGCGCGCCGCCGAGGAGGAGAAGGCGGCCGUCGAGGCCGCGGAGGCCGCCGUAGAGUCCUCGGAUCCGCCGCUGCAGGCGGCCCUCGACGCCGCGGGCCUCGGCGAGGAGCAGUUCUCGCGCGCGCUCCGCUGGCUCGGCGCGACGACGAUCGCCGAGGCGCGGGACCUGGACCGGGGCGACGUCGGCAGAGUCGACGGCCUCGAGUCCAAGGAGCGGCGGUCGCUCUGGCUCUUCGUCGCCGACCGGCUGAAACAAUUGACGGACGCGCGCGACGGCGCCGUCGCGGCCGCGCGCGAGAAGGCCGCGCGCGCGCUCGCCGCCGCGGAGCCGCCGAAGCUCCUCGACAACAAGGCGGGCAUCAUGUUCCGCCUCGAGUGCCCCGUGGGCUGCUUCGCGCUCGUGGCCAAGUUCGCGUACAACGCGCGGCCCCGGCCGCCGCCGCCGCGGCCCAUCACCGACGAACGGUUGCUUGCGGCCGUGGCGGGCAUGAAGAUCUAA